UUCUCGGCCCGUGGGAGAAUUGACUUUGCAACGGCUACUUUCUGUCCUCUUAAAACAGAUGCUCCAGCCCAGACUUGCAAACCGCUGAGAAGAAAAAACAGAGUCGGAAAAUCGCAACACAGCACCAAACAAGCUACACGAGAGAGAGAGAGAGAGAGAGUGUGUGUGUACUGGGUUGAGAAUGGAAAUCCCAAUGGAAAUGAAAAUGCCAGCGGAAAUGGGAAUAAGGGAAAACAUGAUGGUGGUGGUGGUGGUGGAGUACCUGGGCGACUCGAUGUCGAAAGAUCUCCUCGGCAAGUUCCCCGACUACUCCGCCUUCGACUUCGACUACUCCCAGAGCUCCCUGUGGUCGCCUCUGAGAAAGCUAGCCUACCACCGGGACGACGAUGAGGAACACGAAAAAGAGGAGGAACACGAGGGGUUGGUGCUUGUCGACGCUUUGAAGAAGGCCACCGUCGAUUUGAAGAAGAAGAUCGCCACCGGUACUCACGUCUUUCACGAUAAAAUUCGGAUGCUGAAGCAGAGGAGGAGGAAGAAGAAGCAGAAGGCCGCCUUUGAUUUCUCUCCCGCCCCUGUUUCCUCCCCAACCCCAAGAAAGGGAUGGAAUAAGCUUUUGAAAGUCGCCUCUAAGCGUUUCAAGAAGGCUGCCAAGAAAAAGGACCCCACCUAUCAUAACAGGCUUAGCUACCCAAUUGUAUGAUUUUACGAAAAGGAUAUACACACAGAUUUCAGAUCUGUGCAAGCAAGCACAGACCUCUUUCAGGCUAGUUUUGGAUCUCAAAAAAAAUGAUCGGAGUUGUUCAUUUUGUUUAAAAUGCUUUGUUUAUGGUCUCUACCAAAAAUCAACUGAAUAGAAUAUCAGUAAGAGUGUAUACGAAACAUCCAAUUUUGUCCUAGAAUUUAGGCUUGAAUUCUGGAACAAAGUUGUAUGUUUCUUAGACACACUUACCAAUAUCCUAGUCAGUUGAUUUUGGUAGGAAUCAUAAACAAAAUAUUUUAAACAAAAUGAGCAACUCUGAUCAUUUUUUAGAACCCGAAACGGAUCUAAAAGAAGUCUGUGCAUGCUGGCACAGAUUACACAAUCUGUGUAGAUAGCAAUUCAAAUUUCUAGUCUGUGUCCUUCCCAGCUUAGGGUUCCCCUUAUUCCAUCUUUAUUACUUGCAUUUGUAUCCCUUUGACCAAUAACUGUUAUAUCGAUGUUAUUUUUUCCUGGUCCGUAGUAAAGUGUAUGGUAUUCUGUCACCUUCGUUGGA